ACAACAUAAAAGUUUUUGCAAGUUUUCCAAACACUUCAUUCUCCAAAAAAAGGAAAAAAAAAAAAAAAACCUAAAAAAAAGUUACAUUUAUAUAUUGCUCAAUAAAAUAAUAUUAUUCGGUUGAAAAACUCUCCGUCCCUACCAAACGCUCACCGCCUCCCUUCUUUUUCUCUAUGGUGUCUGUCCCGUAUCUUCCAUCGUUCGUUCGAGAGAGAGUAGGGUCCGCACAACAAUGGCGUUUUUAUCAUUCGUUGGGAGAGUUCUUUUCGGCUCCGUGUUCAUAGUCGCCGCUCGGCAAGAGUUUAAUGAAUUUGGUGUUGAUGGAGGGCCCGCAGCGAAAUACCUCAGACCAAAGCUUAAUGUUUUCUUGAAACAUGUGUCAACCAACACUGGCUUGCAGCUUCCACAAAUUGAAAUUGAACACCUUGUUGCAGCAGCUAUAGCCUUGAAGGGCAUUGGAGGCUUUUUUUUCAUUUUGGGCGGCUCUCUUGGAGCAUAUCUCCUGCUUUUGGAUCAGGGAAUUGUUACUCCAAUCUUGUAUGACUUCUACAACUACGAAACUGACAGGAAAGAAUGUGCUCUACUCUUCAUCAAGUUCAUGCAUAAUUUGGCUUUGUUUGGAGCUUUGCUUUUCUUCAUCAGCAUGAAGAACUAAACGACAUCCGACAAGUCAAGAGGAAGGCUACCAAAACAAAAACAGUUUAGGAACAGCAUGGAUUGGUCUGUCUAUUUGCUCGGGCGCCAGUUGUAGGGAAGUUUUGUAUGCUUGUUAUUGGACUUUUAUACCAUUUACUUUUUCUUAAUUUUUUCUUCAUUUCGGGCACUUGAUAUCUUAUUCCAUUUGAGAUGUGAAUUUUUGUUUGUUUUGGGGGCAGUACAUGAACUCUACUCAAAUUGAGGAGCGAGAGGGCUACAGAUACACCUAACUUUGUUCGCUGUGAUUUCAGUAUCACUCAUAUUGGUUUUUAAGAAAAAGUCAUUUUCAAUCUGCUGCAUGUUUGAGUUAGCGUGCAUGGAAGGAUGAAUAUAGUCUGUCUGGGAAUCUGUGUCUGGCGCUGUGUAUUUGAAUUUGGGAACUCCAAAUAUAGAAAUAUAGAUGCACUGUUUGGAAUAA